CCAAGCACCAAAUUAAUGGAGUCUUUUAUCUUCUUUGUUGCUCUUUCAAUCUUAUUCUUAAGUAGCCUUACCCUCUCCUUGGAUUCUAUCACCACUGACAAGAAUGCACUCAUUUCAUUCAAAAACUCCAUCACUUCCGACCCUUAUGCUAUCUUGAGCACCAAUUGGUCUCAAAAUACAUCAAUUUGUAACUGGAAUGGUGUGACGUGCGGUCUCAAACACUGCCGUGUCACUGCUAUCAAUCUCUCUGGAUACGGCCUUGUUGGAACCGUUACUCCACAUCUCGGAAACCUUACGUUUCUUAGAUAUUUGGACAUCAGUUUCAACAAUUUCGCGGGGUUCUUAUCGUUUGAGCUCUCUAAACUUCGUCGUUUGAAAGUGAUGAAUGUGGGAGCAAAUUCAGUCACCAGAAAAAUACCAACAUGGUUGGGCAGUCUACCUCAAUUGGAAGAACUCUAUAUGUACAAGAACAUUUUCUUAGGUACAAUUCCUGCAUCUUUGUCUAACAAUUCUAAGCUACAGAUGUUAUACUUGAACAAUAAUCAGUUGAGUGGGUCCAUACCACGUGGUAUCUUCAAUAUAUCUUCCCUUAGAGAAAUUGGAAUUAGAAAUAAUAGCCUAUCAGGUUGGCUCCCAAGUGAUAUGUGCUACAAUACACACAACAUCACAAUAUUAUCACUCAGUCAAAACCAACUUGAAGGGCAGAUUUCGCCAAAUAUAUGGAAAUGCACUCGUCUUGAGGUGUUGUCAUUAUCCAACAACAAUUUCAGUGGAAACAUCCCACGUGAAAUUGGACGAUUGGGAAGGCUUACAGAGUUGUACUUGGGGUACAAUAUUGGUUUUCAAGGAAGAGUUCCAACAGAAAUAGGAAAUCUUUCAAAACUAGAGAUAUUAGAUAUUCCUAGUGCUUCUCUAAUCGGAGAUAUUCCAUCUUCAAUCUUCAACAUGUCUACCUUGACAUACUUGAGCUUAUGUGACAAUAGUUUGUCAGGAAGUAUCCCAACUUUCGACAAUCUCCCGAAGUUUAAGGAGUAAUAUCUUUGUGAUAACAAGUUGACAGGAAGUAUUCCAACUUUCCACAAUCUCCAGGAGCUUCAGAUGUUAUAUCUUGAGAAUAACAAGUUGACAGGUCAUAUUCCUCUAAAUAUAUGGAAAUGCAAACAUCUUGAGAUCUUGAGGUUAUACAACAACAAUCUCAGUGGAACCAUCUCUCGUGAGAUUGGAAAUACGAGCAUGCUUAGAGAGUUGGACUUGUCGUAUAAUCAUUUCUCAGGUGAAUUACCACAAGAGAUUGGCACUCUGCAAAUACUUGAGACUUUCAUUGUGUUCAAUAAUUCCUUAUAUGGAUCUAUUCCAUCUUCGAUUUUCAACAUUUCAACAUUGAAGAAUCUACAGGCUUCAUACAAUGAUUUUUCUGGUACCCUUCCAUUAGAUAUGGGGAAUUCACUUCCCGAUCUUGAAUGGUUUCUUGUGGCUUGGAACAACUUCAGUGGCCCAAUUCCAAGUUCUAUCACCAAUGCUUCUAAACUUACUAUCUUGGAGAUGUCUUCCAACUCAUUUAGUGGCUCCAUACCCUUCUUUGGUAAUCUGAAGCUCCUAGAGCAGCUACUCCUUUGGGAGAAUAAUUUGAGCGCAGCAGAAUUCCCAACUCAGGAAUUGGCAUUUCUCUCUUCAUUAACUAGUUGUCGACAUUUGAAGAGGCUGGAAGUAUCCGGAAAUCCACUAAAUGGCAUCCUACCUGCUUCACUUGGAAAUUUUUCCUCAUCUCUUGAGAGAAUUCAUGUAUCAGCAUGCAACAUCAUGGGUAUCAUUCCGUUUGAAGUAGGAAACUUAAGCAGUUUGCUAAAUUUGUAUUUGAAUGAGAAUCAACUGAGUGGUCACAUUCCACCAACAAUAGGAAAAAUGAACCGUCUCCAAAGAAUAUAUCUUAGUGACAAUCAAUUAGUGGGAUAUAUCCCUAACAAUCUUUGUAGAUUGUAUCAGUUGGGGGAGUUGAGCCUUGCUCAUAACAUGCUGGUGGGUCCAAUACCUAAAUGCUUAAGUGAUGUUAAAUACUUGAAAGUCAUCAACUUAGGAUCCAAUCAAUUGAUUUCAAAAAUCCCUCCUAGCUUGUGGUUUCUCACAGACCUUGUGUUUUUGAGCUUGUCUUCCAAUCAUUUAAGCGGUCAAUUGUCAACUCAAGUUGGAAAUUUUAAGAUGAUCAACUCUUUGGAUUUGUCAUCCAAUCAAUUUUCAGAUGUUAUUCCCAGCUCAAUUGGUGGUUGCCAAUCACUAACAUUUCUUAACCUUUCAAAUAAUAUGUUUAGUGGCUUCAUUCCUCAUUCCUUGGGAGAUGUCAAGGGUAUGAUUACACUGGAUUUAUCUUACAAUACUCUUUCCGGAUCUAUUCCCAAGUCCUUAGAAAACCUCCACUUUCUUGAAAAUUUUGAUGUUUCCAACAACCAACUGGAGGGUGAAAUUCCACAUGGUGGUUGUUUUGGAAACUUCAGUGCUCCCUCCUUUUCCCACAACUUACAUCUAUGUGGUCCAAUAAAAUUUCAAGUUGCACCUUGCCCAAAAAAUCAUCAUAGAUCAUGGUUGAAAAAACUCAUUGUGCCAUCAGUAGUUUUAGCUGUCAUUGUUGUCAUCGUAACGCUUAUUCUCAUAAGAAAGUGUAAACAGAAAAACGUGACACUCUCUACUUAUAUUCCACCAUUAACUACUGAAUGUAAGAGAAUUUCUUAUAUAGAACUUGAACGAGGAACAAGUUCAUUUAGUGAAACCAACCUACUUGGAAGAGGUAGUUUUGGUUCUGUAUUCGAAGCAACACUUUUUGAUGGGUUGAAAGCUGCGGUUAAAGUCUUCAACUUGGAAUUGCAAGGAGCAACAAGGAGCUUUGACGCUGAAACUGCUAUAUUAAGCAGCAUUCGACACAGAAACUUAGUUCGAGUUAUUGGAUGUUGUUCUAAUAUGGAGUUUAAAGCAUUGAUCCUCACAUAUAUGCCAAAGGGGAGCUUGGAUAAAUGGUUACAUUAUGAGAUGUAUGAUCUGGAUCUUAUACAGAGAUUUAAAAUAGCACUCGAUGUUGCAGCAGCCUUGGAAUAUCUUCAUCAUGGCCACACAUUCCCCGUUGUUCAUUGUGAUAUAAAGCCAAGCAAUGUGUUGCUUGAUCAAGACAUGACUGCUCAUCUUGCUGAUUUUGGUAUUUCCAAGCUUUUCGAUGGAGGAGAAACGGUCAUCCAAACACAAACAAUGGCAACCAUCGGUCAUGCAGCACCAGAGUUUGGAAUGGAAGGCAAAGUAUCAACAAAUGGGGACGUGUUCAGUUUUGGGAUAUUGCUGCUAGAGAUGUUCUCUGGAAAAAGGCCAACAGACGAUAUGUUUGGUGAAGAGAGGAGUAUAAAAGAGUGGGUAAGUGAAGCAUUAGAUGAAAAUACAGCAACUGAAUUGGUGGCGCCUGCUCUACUUUCAAGGGAAGAUCAACAUUUUUCUGCCAAGGUGCAAUGUUUAAUGUCAAUAUUUGAAUUGGCAAUGAAAUGUGUAGCUGAUUCAGCAGAUGAAAGAAUCAACAUGAUUGAAGUAGCAUCAGCUCUGCACAAGAUCUAUGCUACUGUUGUGGCAGCUACAAGAACUCGUCGUCCACGAUUUGCUGUUUCUGUUCGCCAAUAAUGGAGUUUGA